UUCCGCAUUAGUAUAGUCUGACUUAUUCCAGUGACGUUGAGCAUGCACCAUGUUCAGUAAAUCACCACAAGGCGGUGGAACAGUACAGUUGCUGCCUUACAGUUGCUGCCUUCUCAAUGGCAGAGACCCAGGUUCGAUCCUGACGAAGGGUGCUGUCUGUACGAUCUCCACGUGACCAUGUGGGUUUUACCCGGGUCCUCUGGCUUCCUCACACACUUCAAAGAAGAACAGGUUUGUAGGUUAAUUUGGCUUGGGUAAUAAUUGUAAAUUGUCCCUAGUCUGUAGGAUAGUGCUCGUGUAUGGGGAUCACAGGUCGGCGCGAACUCGGUGAGCUGAAGGGCCUGUUUCCGCACUGCAUCUCUAUACUAAAAGACUGUCAUGAUUUUUUUCAGUUAACCCCACAUGAAGACCCUGUACGUUUAGAUUAUAGCAGGACUUUGAAAGUGCGCUAUAGAGGGAAAGGAUUGAUUAUGCCAUUCUUUUUAAGUGUAUUGAAAAGUGUAUUUAAGUGUGUAGAAUUAAUUCUUGUGUAUUGAUUUCCAUUUAUUGCAAAUAAACAGAAAACAACAUAAUGCAACCCAAGUGUUGGACAAAUUAAAGUUUGAAGAAGCCAAAGGAGGUCUAAAUGAAAACAGAGCCAUAAAUGAAAGUUCGUUUGAGAUGCCCAUUUUUGAUCACCUUGUUUGUGAAUGUUGCGAACAAACAUUUAGUGCCCUCACAUCUGUGAAACCGAUUUCCAGAUGUAUUUCCUGUAGCACUUCCCAAUGUGCUUUAAAAGGUGGGGGAAAGAACUGUCCAACGUCAUCGGACUCUCGGCAAACAUUCUUAAGACAGAAUUUGCUCAGGAGGCAUGCUUCAGUUGGAACAAACACUUCUGACCAAUUUUCUUCAGAAGAAAUAUGGCGAAUGACUCCUAGUAUUUCAUGGACAAAUACUGAAGAUCAGUGUAUUGUUACUAAUAACUAUUUAGACAAAAAUCAUUCAGAUUCAUCAAGAAGUAGCACCACAUGGAAAGAAAAUUCUGAAUUGUUUCUCAGUAACAGUGUGCAAACAGCUAAACCUUACAGUAAUGCAUCAUCAGUAAAAAAGCUAUCUUGUGUUAAUGCAAAGAGGCUGGCAUCCCAUUCGGCAUUACAAACCCCCGUUUGUUCCUCAUUUACUCCAGUGUCUACACCUGUGGGGUUUGAAAUCAUUUCAUUGUGCAGUAGUGAUGGAAGUACAGCGAUGAAACAAAUGGAAUCAUUAGCAUUUUCAAAUGAUGUCCAUCAUUUGGAGGAAAAAUACGCAGAGAUGAAAAACACUGAUUCUCACACAUGUCCAUUAGCUCAGGAAUUUGCUUUACUCACACAAGAAAAUAUUGAAAAAUUUGAGUUACUUCAACUCAGAAAGGAUUUUCAAGAAAAUCAGGAAAUAACUGAUAAAGAUUGGCAAAUGGAAAAUGAGGUUUAUCAAACAAUGCCUUCUGAACAGAAUGUUGCUCAGAUGGCAUUAGAAAGUCCGUGGGAAUUGCCAUGCAUUAAUAGGAAGUCACUUUCAGUGAUGGUGCCUCCAAUAUCACCACUACCAAAAAUUGCUACUGAUCCCACAAUUAAGGAAAUAAAAAUGCCUAACCUUACUGAAAAUGAGUUCAAUCUGCAACAGAGGAUUGGAAUGCAGCAGUGGGGACCAGCAUCAAUCAAGAAAGUUAAUUCUGCAGAUUGGAUUAAUGCAAACAUAAUAAAAUCUGAAGUACCAACCAUCAAUAAAAUGCAGGCCACUUCCCUGAAGUUGCAUCUGGGAAAAAACGUGACUUGUAAAUUGAAUGGUUUCGUUCAACAUUCUGCUGAAACACACAAACCCCCAGAAGUUCGACUUGAGGAUGAUUAUGUUGAAUUAGUUGAAAUGAAAGCUCAAGGUGUUGAAAAAUCACCAUUAUAUCAUAAUCAAAUGACUCACUUUGAAGUGAAACCAAGCAAAGAUGAAGUAAACUCCUUUGAAGCCAUGAAAAAAAUUGGUACAGCCAGAUUCAGUAAGCACAAUGAUUAUCAGGAAUCUCAUUUGGGCAAGCAAAUUCUACAGAAGGGAUCAAAAUUUUUGGGGAUUAAACAACGAUUUGAAGAGUUGCUUGGUUACCAUUCGUCCCAAACCUUUAAUAAACCUGAUGUAUUUCAACAACAUCAAUAUUCAGCACAUCAGCCAUCAAAAACAGAGUCUGAGCUGAUGAAUGAAUCUGUUCUACAAGAAAUUGGCAUUGCAAAUGAGAAUAUUGAAUUUAUUCAAUUAACAAAAACUGAAAACAUGCCACAGCUGAACUGUGGAGUACUGGAAACAACUAUGAACGCAUCCACAAAACUAAAUUGUAUUUCUGAGACCAUGGAGCCUAAAGUGGGACUCACGGCACAAACUGAUGUACUAUCUAAAACAAAUGAAAAAGAAAAAAUCUAUCAAGCUAUUGCAAGACACGAGUCUAUGACUCCAAAUGUCAUAGAUAUGCAUACAGAUACAAUUCAGUAUAUUAUGAAUGAAUCUGAAAUGUUUAUUGCUGAGAAACAGGUCAAAAUUCCGGCUCGUGUUCAAGGAUCAAUUAACAGAGUUGAUAAGCAGUACAAAAUGUCUUCAGUUAGGUUUAGCUCUUCUGACAUGAAUCAGAGGCAAAGACCUGGAAGUUUACCAUUUAUUAAGAAGGAUGCUAUAAAAUACUUAGAGAUGGACUUUAAGAACAGACUUACGGCUAAUUUCUGGGAAAAUCCAAAUAAUAUUGAAAAAUCAACAAGACCAAUAACUUCAGAAGGAGCCAGCUUAACUAUGGGAAGGGAUGUCCAAAUAGCGCCAAUUGUUGUGGAGUCAGCUUUCAUUGAUGAAAAAAUGAGAAAUUGUUUUGAAUGGUAUGUCACACAACGAAAACAUCAAAACCGAUGGGGUUUAUCCUCAAGUUUUGAGAGACCUACAGAUAUACUAAUUUCACCUUUUCUAAAAUGUAUUUCUUCGCAGCUAAUUGAUAGUGUUGUUAUUACAAACAAAUUGCCAUUCAUAACUGAAGAACAUAAAAAUAUGAUCGAAAGAAAUGUGAAGGAGAAAAUCGCAAGUAAUAACUUGCAACUCCAGCAAUCUUUAGAUUACAUUGUUGAUGCACCACUGCAGUCAGAAAGCCUUGAACGGAAUGAUUCAUUGUUGAAGAACACUGACACGCCAUAUCUUUUUAAAACAAUUCCUCAUCAGGAAGAUGAUAUUAAGGGACUUGAAAAAUUCUUCCCAACUCAUGAUGGUGGGAUGAGGAAUGAAGAGAUAAACAAAUUGAAAGAACUAUGUGUUGUCACCACAUUAAAGCUAAAAGUGAAAAGACAAUUACAUUUCUGCUUAACAAAACAGCAUGUGGAAAUUAUAUCAGAUUGUUUACCAAAUGUGGUCAUGGAAUCAUAUGAACAAUACUAUCACCCAGUGGCAAAGAAAUGUUUACCCAAGUUGAUCAAUGUUGGGAAAGGAUAUAAAAAGCCGAGACCUUUGUAUAUACCUUUUAUGAAACGUGAUGUUAUCGACCGUUUGGAAAUUAGCUUAAGACAAAAACUUAUUUUGAGUUUGUGGGGAUCUCCAAAUUCAUUUGAAAAAUCGUUGGAGACAACAAUCCCAAAAGCACCACCUGUACCUUCCCCGUGCAAAGUAAGAGCAGCUAAAAUAGACCCCAUUGGUAUCAAAAUAGAUUUCAUUGAAAAACAAACUAUAAACCAUUUGGAAAGGCACAUUGCGCAAACAAAAUCUGAAUUUAAUUGUGUUAUACCAACAGAAAUUCAAAGAUCAAGAGAUAUAAUCAUGCCACCUGCCCCAGUAUUGAUGGAUUCUAAACUAAAGUUACAAUCUUAUGUACACUCAGUUAUGAAUGAUAGUUCAGUUAGAAUAAUAAAUGAUGAGCAUAAAAAAGCAUUGGAGGCCAAUUUAAAGAAGAAGAUAAUCAAUCAUAAACGUGGUCUCCUUCCUAAUUUUGUUCAGAAGUCUUUAAUUAAUGUUAUGGAUUCUCAUUCGUUGAAAGGUCCCAUUGCAUCAUCGGACAUCAUAAAAGAAAGAAAGAUAUUAGCCGGUAACUUGGAGAGUUAUAAGAGGAUAUUAAGAGAAGAUAACAGGAAGAGUUCUGCAUCAACCAAAGUAUUUAAAGAUAAACUAGAAAUGUGCAGCAGAAAACAGUGCUUAGAAAUUAACAUGGAUUCUCUUCCAGAAAUAGUAAAAGAGGCGUACAAAGUCGCAUAUUGUUUAGAAUCAAAAUAUACAUUACCAAAAUUAAUUUCUAUUGGAAGAGGUUAUACGAAAUCACGACCAAAAUUUCUGCUAUUUAUUGAACGCGAUUUAAUUGACUGUUUGGAGCUGAACUUGAAGCAUAAACAGAUUUCCCAUCUGUGGAAAGUUGAAACCUUGCAUGAAAGAUCAUUAGGAAUGAUUUUUAAGGAACAAAGCAUUUUGCCAUCCAACAUGAUAAUUGUUAAGGAAGUAGUACCUGUUGCUCUAAAAACAUAUUUCAUUUCUAAUCAUACCCGAUCACUUUUAGAGUGGCACAUUACACAGAAAAAGCUUCAACACAUCUGGAGUGUGCCAUUACAUAUUCAGAGAUCCCAACAAGCAUUCAGUCCACCUGCUCCAAAACUUAUUGCUUCACAACUGAAACCACAGCCUGAUUUUGAUGUAAAUAUUAUACUAAUUGAACAUUCAUUUUUUUGUGCUGAAAGUAAGAAAAGAUUGGAGUUGAAUGUACUGAAAAGGAUAAUAAAUAAUCAUUGGGGUCUUCCAAAGUUUGUUCAUUUGUCAUUGGAGAGCUUUAUUCCUCACGCUCCAUCUGUCAGACCACAAUUAGUGGAAGAAAAUAAAUCAUUGGUUAAUGGUAACUUUAAAACUGUUUGUUUGUCAAGUAAGAUUCUGCGACCGAAGGACGGAAAAAUUACUACUCCACAAUGUGAACAAACUAUCAAAUUUGUGAAGGCAAUUAAAAAAAGAAUCCUGCCUAUAUUUGAUCACGAUAAAUCAGAACAUAAAGAUAAAUUAGAUAUGUGUUUAUUUAAACAACGUCUAGAACUAAAACUGAACCACUUGCCCUCAAUUGUACAAGAGCUCUAUGAAAAUACGUAUCCCUCAGAACCAAAACAAAGCUUAUCAAAACUUCUCACACUCAGUGAAAGUCUUAAAAAAACAAGACCAGAGUAUAUCCCAUUUUUUGAACGUGAUGCCAUUGAACACUUGGAAAUGAAUUUGAAGAAUAAACAUAUUUCACACCUUUGGGGAUUUCACAGUUUACAUGAGAAGUCAAUGGAAUUUAUGAUUCCUAAAGCUCCACCUGUCCUUCCAGCAAUCAAAGCAAAUAGAGCCCAAAUGGAGGCUGUACCAAUGGAAGCUGGUUUUAUUGGCAGAGACAUCAGAGAUAAAUUGGAAUGGCAUAUAAUUCAAAAGAAACUUCAGCACAAUUGGGGCUUACCAUUUUAUUAUCAGAACUCAGUGGAAGCAUUAAUUCCAGCUGCUCCAAAGGUGCUUUCAUCGCAGUUAAACUUGCAAUUUGAUUUCAUUAUACUUAAUGCACCAUGUGAAUUAUCAUUUGUUGAUAUUAAAAUUAUUAAAAAAUUAGAGUUAAAUAUAAGGAAAAAGAUCAUCAAUCAAAGAUGGGGACUUCCAACCCUUAUUCAAUCAUCUUUAGAAGUUUUUAUAGCUCCUGCACCACAAAUGAAUAUCAUUAAGCCCUCAGAACCUGUGACUAAUAAAAAGUUAAAGGCUAAUAACAUUGAAAUUAAAGAGCCUUGUAAAAAUGAAAAUCCACAGAAAACAUUAGUGCAACUAAAAAGAAACAAGUUCAUCUCAGCAUCAUAUGAGAGAACGAGAAGGAAUUCAAAAACAACAAGAGCAGAGGGGAUGUUUGUUUUUGCUCAACUCAAACAAGAGGAUAAACAUAAAUUGGAUAUCUGCUUGACUAAACAAUGUCUAGAAAUUCACAUGAACAGUAUUCCAGAAAUAGUGAUGAAGUUUUAUAAAAUCACCUAUCUCCCAAUAUCAAAAAAAUCAUUACCGCACCAUAUUGUGUCUAGAAGUGAUUUCAAAAAGCCAAGAUCAGUAUAUAUAUCUUUUAUUGAACAAGAUCUUAUUGAUCAACUGGAACUUAAUUUAAAACACAAACAGAUUAACCAUCUCUGGAGACUUGCAACUCUGUAUAUUGAAUCUUUGGAAAUGCUGAUUCCUUCAGGACCACCUGUACCUCCAUCAAUCAAAGCAAGUGGAGCUCAAAUAGAACCUGUAGGUAGAGAAAUUAUUUUUUCUACUGAAGUUCGAAAAGAUCUUCACUUGCAUGUAAUACGGAAGAAGCUUCAGCACAAUGAGGGCUUGCCAUUGCACAUUCAAAAAUCUGAAAACAUAUUUAUUCCAUCUGCUCCAAAACUAAUGUUGUCCAAGUUAAAUCGCCAGCCUUAUUUUGACAUUAUCUUUAUCCCAUCUGAACUGACAUUCCUAAAUGAAGAACAUAAACGAAUAUUGGAGUUCAAUGUAAAGAAAAGGAUUGUAAAUCAGAAAUGGGGCCUUCCCAAGGUUAUUUUGUCAUCUUUGUGUAAUUUUAUGGCUCGAGCUCCAUCCAUGAAGGAUGUCAUUCUGCAAGACAAAAUAAUCAAAAACAAGAAUAAUGUAGGCAGCACUCUCAUUAAAAAAAAAAGUAGUAGAAUGUUUCAUCACAAUAGAUUUCCACAAUAUAUUCAAGAAAAAUAUUUGUUACACCAGAAUAUAAGAGGUAGUAACAACAAAACAUCAAAAAACAUUGAGGUAUUUUUAGGUCUCAAACCAGAACAUAAGGAUCAGUUAGAUGUAUGCAUAGCAAAGCAAAGCCUGGAAGUUAAAAUGUACUAUUCGCCAAAGCUGGUAAAGGUGUUCUACAAAAAUACCUAUGCUCCACCAUCAAAAAAACGUCUUCCAAGAUUAAUCGCAUGCAAUGAAGGAUUUAAAAAGCCAAGAUUAAUGUAUACCACUUUUGUUGAACUGGAUGCUGUAGAUCGUUUAGAAUUGAAUUUAAAACACAAACAAAUUAACCAUCUUUGGGGAUUUGACACAGCGUAUGAAAUGUCAGUCAAAAUGAUCAUUCCCAAAGGACCUAAUGCAUACCCAAUGAUUAGAUCAAAAGGACAUCGUAUUCAACCAGUAGGUGUGGAAACAGCUUUCAUUGAAGUGGAGACAAGAAACGUAAUGGAAUGGCACAUCAGACAGAGAAAACUUGAGAAUACCUUGGAUUUACCAUUACACAUUUUGAAAUCCAUAGAUAUGUGGAUUCCUACUGCUCCAAAACUGAUUUCGGGUCAGUCAAACCAGCAUUAUUUUAAUACCGUAGCUAUUAUAGCGGGAGAGCCAGAUUUCAUAAGUUCUGAACAUAGAAAACGUUUGGAACUGAACACAAAGAAAAAGAUCAUAAAUCAGAAAUGGGGACUUCCAAAUCUUAUUCAGUUAUCCCUGAAAACCUUUAUGGCUCCACCUCUACCUUUGGAAGAUUGUGCUCUAAAAUCUAAAAUCAUGAAAGAAGUUAAAACAUUUCCUGAUGUUGAUGUCGAGUUUAAUUCCAAAAUGAUGAACAGAGACGAGAAAGGAAAGUUAGCUUCACUAACUUAUGAAAAAGUUUCAAAAAAUACAACCAUUAGGAAAAUAAGUGCAUUUCCAGAUUUUGUCAAGUUCGAGAAAGAAUAUAAGUAUAAAGUAAAUAGCUGCUUGUUAAUGCAAAUUAUCAAUACUAAACUGCAUUGGUUACCUGACAUUGCACAGGAAUUUUAUAAAAAUUAUUAUCCUGCUGUUUUGAAAAAGACAUUACCAAAACCAUUUGUUGUAAAUGAAGGAUUUAAAAAACAAAGACCACGGUGCUUACCUUUUGUUGAGCAAAAUGCCAUUUAUCAAUUGGAGCUGAAUUUAAAGCACAAACAGAUUAUCCAUCUUUGGAAACUUGAAACUCUAUAUGAUAAAUCUAUCAAAAUGAUGAUUCUUAAAGGUCCACCACUGGCUCCAGCAAUCAAAGCAAAUGAAACUAAAAUAGAAUCUGAGGGUUCGGAAAGAUCUUCCAUUGCUUAUAAUAUUAGAGACGGACUGGAGUGGCAUAUCACACAGAAAAAACUGCAACAAAAUUGGGGCUUACCACUGCAUAUUGAAAUGUCACUACAAUGCUUUAUUCCAUUGGCCCCCAAACUGAUUCCAUCCCAACUAAAUCUUAAACCUAGCUUUAGGAUAAUGGUUGCUCUAAAUGAACUGCCAUUUCUGAUUAAAGAACACAAGAAAUUAUUGGAACUCAAUAUAAGAAAGAAAAUAAUAAAUCACAAAUGGGGUCUCCCAACACUUAUUCAGUCUUCAUUAAAAAAUUUCAUGGGCCUUAAUGGCUUGAGAAAUGAUCGAGUGCUUCAGUCAGAAAUCACGAUUUUCAGAAAUGUUGGGCUCAGCAAAAUUAAAAUCCCAUCGCAGAUUACCAAAACAAGAACAUUACUGUUACAACAUAAAAAGGAUAGCCAAAAUGCAAAGCCAUGUAAAAUAAAAUUAGCAGAUAUUUUUGACUCCCUUAAACAAGAAAGUAUUAAUAAAUUAGAUGUGUGCUUAAGGAAAUUGCAUCUAGAAAUUCAACUGCAUUGUUUGCCAGAAAUAGUAAAGCAAUUGUAUAAGGAAAAUUAUCCUUCCAUAUCAAAUACACUAUUAGAGAAGAUGAUUGUACCUAGUGAAGAACGCAAAAAACCACGUUCCUUGUAUAUAGUUUUUAUUGAACAAGAUGCAGUUGAUCGCCUCGAAAUGAAUUUAAAACAUCAACUAAUUUUCUCUCUUUGGGGUCUUGCUACUCCAUAUGAAAAAUCAAUAGACAUUAUGAUUGCUAAAGGCCCACCUGUGCCUCCAGCGGUCAAAUCACAGAGAGCUAAUAUAGUACCUAUGGGAAUGGAAACACUUUUCAUUGCUGAGAGAGUGAGGGAGAAUCUUGAAAGGCAAGUUAUACGGGAAAAACUUCAAAAAACCUGGGACUUACCAUUAUAUGUUCAAAGAUCAGAAGAAGCAUAUAUUCCCAUUGCUCCAAAACUUGUACUAUCUGAGCUAAAACCACAGCCUACAUUUUCAGUCAUUAUUGUUUCAAAUGAACUUGCAUUUCUUCAUGAUCAUCAAAAGAAAUUAUUGGAGAUGAAUACAAGGAAAAAGAUCAUAAAUUGCAAGUUUGGUCUUCCCACACUUAUCCAGUCAUCUUUGAAUAUGUUUACAGCUGUUUCUUCAGAUUUGUGCAGUCUCACCAAUAUGGACAAUAAUGAAAGUAAAACGAUUCUUCAACACUCAUCUCCUACCAUCAAAUGUGGGAAAUUAUCCACAACAAAAGAUAAAAUUUGUGACAGAAGCGAGAAAUCUAAAAAAAUUGAUAAUGAUCUUUUAUGUACUCGCCUCAAACCCGAGAGGAAGAACAUCCUUCUAGAGACUUGUGUAUUAAAGUCGUGUCUAGAAAUUAAGAUUGGGUACAUUCCUGAAAUGGUAAGUAAGUCGUAUGAAAACACCUGUUCUGCACAGUCAAACAAGCCUCUGCCAAAGCUUAUUGCACUUGGCAGAGGGUUUAAAAAAACAAGACCAUAUUAUUUACCUUUUAUUGAGCAAGAUGUUGCUGAUCACUUGGAGUUGAAUUUAAGGCACAAACAAAUUAGCCAUCUCUGGAAAAUUUCAAAUUUAUAUGACAAAUCAAAAGAAAGAAUGAUUUCUGAAGGACCACCUGUUCCUCCGGCAUUCAAGGGAAAUGAAGCUUUAAUAUACCCAGAGCAUUUGGAAAUAGGUUUCAUUGAUGAUGAAGUUAAGGACAAUCUAGAAUGGCACAUCACACAGAAAAAACUUCAGCAUCACUUUGGAUUGCCAUUACUUGCAAAGAUAUCACAAGGAGCUUUUAUACCAUCUGCUCCAAAACUAAUUCCAUCACAGUUGAAACCACAACUUGGUUUUACUUUAGUUUUUGCUUCACCUGAACUGUCCUUCCUCAGCUCCGAACAGAGAAAAUGUCUUGAGUUGAUCACAAGGAAGAGAAUCAUUAAUUACAAAUGGGGACUGCCCAAAGCUAUUCAAUCGUCUUUGAAUAGUUUUAUGGCUUCAUUUUCUCUGCAGUCAGAAAUGAUGGAAAGAAAUGAGGAAUUGUUCUGUAUUUCACAUACAAAAAAUAAAAAAGUAGAUAUUGCUAUGAAUAGAUUUUUACAACCUAAAAAUGCAGAGUUGUCAUCAAAUCAAAAUCAGAAAUGCAGUGGCAUUCUGAAACCCAACAGCAUGAGAGAGGGGUGUUUUUCUGCUAAACUCGACCCAGAAUAUAAAGAUAGGCUAGAAUUAUGUUUAAUAAAGCAAUGUCUUGACAUAAAAAAUGGUCAUUUGUCAACUGCAGUGUAUAAGAUGUACGAAACAGCUUUCUGUCCAAUUUCAAAGAAGCCAUUUCCAAAACCAAUUGCACCAGGGAAAGGAUUUAAAAAGCUGAGAUCAUUGUACAUACCCUUUAUUGAACAAGAUGCUGUUGAUUGCUUGGAAUUGAACUUAAGGCAUAAACAUCUUACUCAUCUCUGCGGAAUUACAACACUUUUUAAAGAAUCAGUAGCAUUGUUGGUCCCCAAAGGACCACCAACCCCUCCAGCAAUCAAGGCAAGUGGAGCUCAAAUAGAGCAUGUAGGUAUGGAAACAACAUUCAUUGACAGUGAAAUUACAGAGAGUCUAGAAUGGCAUAUUGUACGGAGGAAACUUCAGCACAUCUGGGACAGCCCACUUCAUAUUCAAAUUUCGCAAGAAAGAUUUAUGCCAGCAGCACCGAAAUUAAUAGCAUCUCAGCUAAAACCCCAGAUCAGUUUUGCUUUCAUCCUUGUCCCAGCAGAGCUGAUCUUCCUUACUGACGGACACAGGAAAGUACUGGAACUGAAUAUGAAGAAACGGAUUGUAAAUCGCAAAUGGAAUCUCCCAAAGUCUGUCCAGUCAUCUGUGAGUCAUUUUAUACCUGAUGCCCCGCAAAUGAAGGAUUUUGUACCACAGCCUCAAAACCAACCAACUCCAAUUAUCAUGAUGUCUCCUCCUGUAAGCCGUGUUCUUUGCAUGAAAAAUGAGAGGCUGCUGUCAUCAAAAUUACAAAAAAACAAAAACGUGCAAGAGAAUCACAAAGUCCCUUUUGAUAACUUUAAGGCUGAAUGUGAAGAUGUUGUAAAUCUCUGCUUAGUAAAGCAAAGCUUAGAAAUUAAAAUGGACCAUCUACCUGAUCUAGUAAAGGAUUCAUACAGUGCUUUCUAUGCUCAGGCAUCAGAGAAAACUUUAACAAAGUCUAUUUUACCAGGCCAAAGACUUAAAAAACAGAGAUCAUCAUAUAUGCCUUUUACUGUACAGGCAAUGAUUGAUUGUUUGGAAUUGAACUUAAAGCACAAACAGAUUAUUCAUCAAUGGGGAUUCCAAAGCCUUCAUGAAGAAUCAUUAGAAAUGAUGAAUCCUAAAGGACCACCAUUACCUCCAAUAAUCAAAGCGCGUGGAGGUCAAAUAGAACAUGUAGGUAUGAAAAUAAUCUUCAUUGAAAGUAAAACUAGGGAAAGGCUGGAAUGGCAAAUAAAACAAAAAACACUUCAGUACAUUUGGGGCUUACCAAUACAUAUUCAAAGCUCAUUAGAAAUGUUCAUUCCUGUUGCUCCAAAACUGAUUUUAUCACAGUUAACUGCAAAGCCUGACUUUGCAGUAGUUGUUGUUUCAUCUGAAGCUGCUUUUCUGAGUGAUGAAUAUAAGCAAAUACUGGAUCGAAAUAUAAAGAAAAGGAUCAUAAAUCGCAAAUGGGGUCUUCCAAAAGUUAUUUCUGCAUCAUUAUUUCAAUUUAUGGCCACUCCAAUUGGCAAAGGCUUCAUUCUACCAUCUAAAGAUAUUAGUGAAUCCAACAUAACAUAUAGCAAUAAUCUAGAUAAGAGUUAUGAAAUAUUUUCACAGGGUACAAAUUUGCGGCUCAAAGGGGGAACAUUGCUUCCGCAAUAUGAGAACGCUGAGAUGACCUUGCAUAAAGUCGAAGAGAUAAUUACUAAUUUACACCUUAUGCCAGAGUGCAAACAUAAUCUGAAUAUGAAUUUGACAAAGCAGUGCCUGGAAAGUAAAAUUAAUUGCAUUCCUAAACUGGUAAAGGAUUUAUACAAAAUUACCUAUUCUCUCAUGUCAAAGAAACAAUUACCAAAGAUUAUUGUACCUGGCAGAGGAUUAAAUAAAACAAGAUCAGCAUAUAUUCCUUUUGUUGAGCAAUAUGCUGUUGAUCGGAUAGACAUGAACUUGAAACACCGCCAACUUUUAUAUCUUUGGGGACUUCAAACAAUAUCUGAAAAGUCAAUGGAAAUGAUGAUUUCCAAAGCACCACCACUGCCUCCAUUGAUUAAUACUGGCAGAGUUGGAAUCAAUCAUUUCUGGAUAGGAACAUGCUCUUUUUCUGAUGAGGUUACCAAGUUUUUAGACUGGCAUAUUUUGCGGAAAAAAAUGCAGCAUAUGUGGGCUUCCUCAUCACAGUUUCAAAAGUCAGCUGAGGCAUUUAUUCCUCUUGCUCCAAAUCUGACAUUAACCCAUCUUAAUCCUCAGCCCAAUUUAAAAAUAAAAAUUGCAACAGUUGAGUUAUCAUUUGUAAAUAAUGAACAUAAGAAGGUACUAGAGAUGUAUACAAAGAAGAAGAUUAUAAAUCAUAGGUGGGGACUUCCCAAAGUUAUUGAGUCGUCCUUAAAUGAAUUCAUGGCACCACCACCUUUAAUAAAGGAUACAGCAACACUGUUUCAGAUUAAGGAAAAAUGCAGAACAAGAUUCAGAAGCAAAGGCCUAUCAAAGAAUCAUAAAAUGAUUUCUGCUAAGUGCACAUCUCAUCUUAGCAAAGGAGAGAAAAGUACUUUAGAUAGUCAAUGCUUGAAGGAAAAUGUUAGAAUGAAAUCAAGCGAAAUAUCUGUUAUUGAUGAACUUUUACCAGAAAAUAGAAACAAGCUAAACAUGUGCCUGAUGAAUCAAAACGUAUCUAAUAAAUUAGAUUGUGUACCUGAGCUUGUAACAGAGCUAUACCAACAAACGUACCAUUUUGUAUUGAUGAAACCAUUAGCAAAACUCACAACAGCUGGCAAAGGAUUUAAAAGAGCAAGAUUAUCACAUAUUCUGUUUGCUGAACAGGAUAUUAUUAAUAGCUUAGAGAUGAAUUUAAAGCUUAAAAAGCUUAAUAAUCUCUGGGGUUCGGCAACAACAUUUGACAUGUCAAUAGAGAGGAUGAUCCCUGAAGCGCCACCUUUGUUUCCAGCAAUAAAAGCAAUAGGAGCUAACAUAGAGCACGUGGGUAUAGAAUUAACCUUCCAAUCUGCUGAAACCAUUGAUAUGUUGGAAUGGCAUAUCAAAACAAAGAAAUGUCAGCAUAAUUUGGGCAUACCAUUGCACAUUCAAAGAUCAAUAGACACCUUCAUUCUACCUCCUCCAAAACUAGUACUAUCCCAAUGUACUCAGUAUUCCAACUUUGAUAUUGCCUUAUUUGUAAAUGAUCUAAUAUUUAUAAAUGAAGAACAUAAGGAAGCAUUAGAAACAAAUAUCAACAAUCAGGUCAUAAAUCACAGCCAGGGUAUUCCGAAUAUUAUACAAGCCUCUUUGAAUAGUUUUAUAACUCCUGCUCCAACAAUUAUAAAAGACAUACAGCUCUUAAGCACUGAAGAAAGAAGCGCAAUAGAACUGGAACAAUAUGAAUUGAGCAAAAUUAAUAUAAUUGAAUUUGCUGACCAUAACUUAAUGACAAGCACAAGUUGUAGAGAUGUUGAUGAAUGUAGCAAUGUUGAUUGUAUAGAAGAAUCUUUUGCUUGUCCAAAACUGGAAUCUAAUGAUAAACAGGCGGUGCCUCUGACAAAGCAACCUUCACAAAUGAAGUCAUUGGACAAACGUAUCCGUGCAACCUCAAGUAAGCAUUUUCUGAAUUUGAAUGAUCUUUAUACCAGAUUCAAAAAGCAAAAUUUAAAGAACAAAUGCUACGAUCAUCAUCUUGAGAUAGAUUAUUCCAUUGCUUCAUCUAGUUACACACCAACUACUAUGAAAACUGUUGAGUCUGUAACUGGGACACCAGACAUGAAGUUGUCUGAUUUGGCAUGUAAUCCAGUGACAAUUGGAGGCCUCUCUGUAGGUCCAACAGUAAUAGGAGAAAACCUGGCGUCAUCACCCUCAACAAUGCAAGAAGACUUGUCCAAUUAUCAGAAACAAAAUAAAGAGCCUGUUUUAUUGACCCCUCCUGGUCCUAAUGCAGAUUGUGAAGAAAUGUUAUUAAAAAAUGCAAUGAAUAUUGAGCAUGACGAGUCACUUUCUAAACGAUUGACUGAGGAAGCAAAUAUUCAUGUUCAGCAAGAUGACGAACAUGGAAUUGUUAAACUAACUCCAGGUUUUGUUAAUGACCAGAAUGAAAAAGAAAACAUGCAAGUUAAUUUAUCAGGAAUGAUCUGUUCACAGCCACCACCAGUAGCACUUUGUAAAUCCUUGCCGAAAAGAACAUCUAUAGCACCUCAGAUUCCCGAUGAUGGAAAUUACUUAAGUGUUUCUGAUGAAGAACUACACAAUGCUUUUUAUGAAAGCCUUAAUAAAUCAUACCAUACUUCUAAAAUCCCUGUUGUAAAGAAAAAAUGUAGGAAAACCUAUCAAAAUCGCUUUUCAAAUCAAUCCCAACCAGAGAAGACUUUGGUAAAGCCGAAGACUACGUUUUCCCGGCAAAUUUGUCAGAAACCAAGAACAUUUAAACAUAAAGAAGAAGGGAUGAAUUCUGAGUUAGGCAGCGGAAGCAUUCUUUUUGUUGAGCCAAAUGAAGAACUGCAGGAUACAAAUAUGAAUACCUGCGAUUCAGACACAGAUCAGAAAGAGACAUCAUUAACACAAGAAAGUUCUCAGAAUUAUAAAGAUCAUAAGCAAUCUUCACAAAGUUCCAAACUCCAAAGUCCAGGAUGUCAACAUGUGUUGCCAAUUGAGGAUCCUCCAUUUGCAGUAAAAGAAGACUUUGAAGUCUAUUACCAGUGUGAGGGUCCAUUAUUAACACGUGAUGUACACUAGGACAACAAACAGGAAAAGGUUCAUCAGCAGGACAACUUCAAUGUCAAGACGUUGAUGAAGCAAUUACCAGAUUGCCUGCUGAUAUGAAAUUGUUACAUUAGAUGUAACAUUACAAAGUGUAACAUUACACUUGCUUAAAUAAACAUCAUUCAAGCAAAGUGAAUAAUUCAUGAUAGUUGUGCAAUUAAGUGUAAAACAUAAAUGUAAAUUUGGAGACAGGAUGUGAGUGGGAACAUUUGGAGGUCAGCAAUACAACAUUUGCUGAUUACAUACACUGAUUGCAAAGUGGGACUUUACCGUAGUUAGAAAUUAGAUUUGCCACAUGUGUGCUUCCAGUUGUGAACUGAUGCAUUUACUAUGUUCAUGUUAUAGGAGGA